AGUGCGUGUGUUUUGGGAGGGGGGACUAGCACUAUAAAUACGGAAAACCGAACCGCAACCAACGGUGGUGAUAAGCGUAAAGCCAAAAAGCUCUCCCCUCCUGAUCAAACUCUCCUCUUCUCUUUCCUCUCUCUCUUUCCUCUCCAGCGUCCGAUCUCUCUCUCCCUAAAAAACAAUUCCACCAAUCACCUCUCGCUCUUCAGCGCGCGCCAAAUACAAAACGAACAAAACCACCUCUCUAACGCUCUCUCUCUCUCAACAGUGAUCUAGGGUUUUUUUUUUUGCCGGAGAUGGCGGAGGCGCCGACAAGUCCGGCAGGCGGGAGCCACGAGAGCGGCGGCGAGCAGAGCCCGCGCUCGUCGGGCGUGCGCGAGCAAGACCGGUACUUGCCGAUCGCCAACAUCAGCAGGAUCAUGAAGAAGGCGUUGCCGGCCAACGGCAAGAUCGCCAAGGACGCCAAAGACACGAUGCAGGAAUGUGUCUCCGAGUUCAUCAGCUUCAUCACCAGCGAGGCAAGCGAUAAGUGCCAGAAGGAGAAGAGGAAGACCAUCAAUGGCGAUGAUUUAUUGUGGGCAAUGGCAACGUUAGGGUUUGAGGAAUAUAUCGAGCCUCUUAAGGUGUACCUAGUUAGGUACAGAGAGGGUGAUUCCAAAGGAUCUGCUAGGGGUGGAGAUUCAUCUGCUAAAAGGGAUGCAGUUGGAGGUCUGACUGCUCAAAAUCCACAGUUUUCUCUUCAGGGGCCUUUGAACUACAUAAACUCCCAAUUUGCUGAUGCUGAAGGUUAGGACUAUAUCCAGAUCUUUCCUCCCAGAAUCCUGCUUUGCUGGGAGCAAUAUUGGAAUUAGAACAUGUGGCAUGUUGCAGAAGCAGCUGUUUCUAGAUAUGUUUUUUCGUGGUUAUCACAACAUAUGGCCAUUCAAAAGUUACUUGAAGGAUGUUUGCUGCCAAGCGCAUGGUCAGCAUCUGGUGGUUGAUUCUAUGCAAGGAAAUGAGUAGGGAGUUCUAGCUUUUCGAUAACCAUCUUUGCGAAUUAUAAGACUGGUAAAAAUUAUUUAGUUUCAACACCAAUAGAUUAUUUAUUGGAUUUAUCUUUUUUAUCCAAAAUACUAUACAUUCUGGGGCUUUUUUUUUUUUUUUUUUAAUUUGUUGUCGGGCAAAUGGGAGGGGAGGGGGUGCUUAGGAUUGAUCUCAUCACCAGAACAGAUUUGAUAGUCUGCUAAGCUCUGUAAAUUUGGCUCCAUCUAAUUUAGUUGCCUGACAAUGUCAAAUGCUGGAACAUGUGGAGAUUUGGUAGGAGUACCUACCCUUGUAUUAUUUUUGUUUUGGAUGAUUGAUGAUUUAUGAAGUUUUCUGCAUAUCAUAA